GUUAGAAAUGGAGUCAUAAAUACUCUUCCAGUUCAAGACCAAUAAAUUGUAAACAGACUCUCCGACUCCCACUAACCAUAGCUUUUGGUAUAGAAGUUAUUGCCGAUUUAAAAUCGAACACUAUAUACUGCACUAAGCGUGUGCAAACCACAAAUCAUGUGGAUUUGCAGUAAUAGCAAUAGUAAUUGUAGGAAUGGGAGAAUAUAUAAAAUAAACAGCCAUCCCCAUCACUUCCCCUCUUUUAGUUUUAUGUGAUUGUCUCUUUAUCUCCACACCACACCCCACUUUCCUUCUGUCUCUCUCUUCUCAAUUCUCAUUCAUCAGAUGAAGAUCCUCUGCGACGUCUGCGGCAAGGGCGAGGCAUCCCUGUACUGCACCGCCGACGAGGCCUCCCUCUGCGCCUCCUGCGACCACCGUGUCCACCACGCCAACAAGCUCGCCGGCAAACACCAGCGCUUCUCCCUCCUCCAACCCUCCCCCAAACACUCCCCCCUCUGCGAUAUCUGCCAGGUUUCAUUCCUCAAUUUCCCCUUUUCCAUUCAUGUUUUCACACUUUUUCACUUAAUUAUUUUUGUUUUGCAGGAGAGAAGCGCGUUUCUCUUUUGCCAAGAAGAUAGAGCGAUUCUUUGCAGAGAGUGCGACGUCCCCAUCCACAAAGCCAACCAACACACGCAGAAACACACCAGGUUCCUCCUCACCGGCGUCACCCUCUCCGCAUCUCCCAUGCCGGAAUCCCCCCCUCCCCAAGCCAAGGGUACAAGUACAACUCCAACACCGGCAGCGCAAGAGCCCUUCUCAACAACGAGUAGCAUUUCGGAAUACUUGAUCGAGACGCUGCCAGGCUGGCACGUGGAGGACCUUCUAGAUUCUUCUACCCCUUCCCCCUCUCCUUUCUGCAAGGGAAAUGAUUUGGUGCUGCCAUUUUGGGACGAUGAUCUCCACUGCGGCAGUAUUUGUACGAGUGGAUUUCCAACAGAAAACUUGGGAAUUUGGGUCCCUCAAGUUCAAGUGCACCAAAAUCAAAAUCAAAAUCCAAAUCCAAAUCCAAAUCAAUCCUUUCUAGUCAAUAGUAGUAAUAAUAAUAAUGUGGGCUUUGGAGUAGGGAUUAAUGCAAAUGGGUGCAGAGAUUCAUUCAUUGAAUUUUCCACAAAUGGCAUCAAAUCCAACAGAAAAAGAAGCGACGUCGACAACUCAUUUGCUGUUCCACAGAUAAGCCCUUCCGCAGCUGCUGCCUUCAACAAGAUAUCCAAAACAUUUUGGUGAAAUUACCAAAAAAAUCCAAUCUUUUUUGUAACCCAUUACCGGAAAAUCAUAGAUCUGAAAUCGGAUUUUGUAUUCUAUAGUUUUCCUCGUUGCAAUUUGUCAGAUUUUUGGGCUCUAGUGUUUUGUUUUAUCUUUAUUGUAAAUAUCUUCUUGUGUUUCUUGCAUUUACUAAUACUAUAUUACAAGUUACAGCUCAAUUCACUUUAA